AACAACAAAGCAUCUCUGUACAAAUAUGUGUUUCCUCCUGAGCUCGAACGCCCCACGCUGGCUAUCAUUGGUCUAAUACAGCCACUGGGAGCCGUUAUGCCCAUCUCUGAGAUGCAGGCCAGAUGGGCUACACGUGUCUUCAAAGGCUGCAUAAAGCUUCCUCCAUCAGCUGCCAUACUAAAAGAUAUUCAGUGUAAGCAGGAGGCCAUGGCUCAAAGGUAUGUCACCAGUCAGAGACACACCAUCCAGGUGGACUACAUCAGCUACAUGGAUGAAAUAGCAGAGCUAGUGGGAGUUCAACCCAACAUCUCAAGGAUGCUGCUGACUGACCCCAGGCUGGGAAUGAAUGUGCUCUUUGGUCCCUGCACGCCGUACCAGUAUCGUCUCAGGGGGCCAGGAAAGUGGGCUGGAGCCCGCCAGGCAAUCCUCACUCAGUGGGAGAGAGUGGCUCAACCCCUGCAGACCAGACCAUGA